GGAAUGUCAGGGACUGUACAAGUGUUUGUAAUUGAUUUACAUAGCAACGAGCAUAGUAACACGUAACUAACCAUGCUUGAUAGAAAGAAUUGUAGUAGCAAACACAAGUACAAUUAAAAUUCAUACGUAUUAAAAUUAUAAAAUCACGAGAAUUAUAUGAAAAUGUCUCAGCAUUGGCAUGGCCAUUGGACAGAAGAUGCAUUUGCUCCAAAAAGAUUACGAAAUUGGGAAGUUCCUAAAUGGUAUCCUAGUUGGCCAGACAGACAUUGUGUCACUACGAAAUUUAUUGUGGAUAAUAAUGGACGUAUAUUAAACAAUGCCAAAAGAGUUGGACAAUCGCCAUGGGGAACAUUUAAAGGCACAUGGGAUUUGCCAAAGAAAAUUACUGCAAGCAUUGCUAAAGAAUUAUCAAUAUCGCCUCAAUAUAAAAAAGAUUUAUGGGAACAGCACAAGAAGAAACAUGAGAAUUUAUGCAAAAGGGUAAAACACGUAAACAAGAACGGGAAUAAAGAAAUCAACAAACUAUAAAAAGAUAAGUUAAAACGAACAAAAAUACAUAUAUACAUGCAAAGAAUGUCACAUAAAA